UAUAUUUUUGUAAUGCACGACGAUAGUACGUUUAUAGAAAUCAUUAAAUAUUUACUAACAGUAUAUUAUAAGAGUACUUAAUUUAUGAAAAGUAUGCUCAGAUAUGGCUCUGAAGUCUGUUUUUGAAAUUAAUAAAAGGAACAAUAAAAGGAAAGGAAAUAUUAAAUCGAAUAAAUCUAAAAUCGUUUUAUCGAACAAUAAUAAUAUCAUAAAUUCUAGAAAAGUAAAUGAAAGAGCAAUCUUAUCCGAUCUUGCUUCAUUUGAAGUGAGAAAGCAGAAGAAGGUAAAACAUCGAAUAAACAACUUACCUUAUAGUGAAUGUAAAUAUUUAAUGGCUUCAACGGCACCAAUGGCUACAUAUUACAAUUCAUACCAAAUUCCACAAACUUAUAACUUCCCAGUUGUGGUUAACGAGUGGAGUCCUUCAGUAAGUACAGUACAAGUUCGUAAUAUAUUCACUUCACCUGUUCAACAUAUACCAGUUGCUAUUAUAACUCCACAAUUAAUAAGGCCAAUAUGUCCGUACGCAGGAGCUUUGAUUACUGCAAACCCAGUAUUGAGUUCUGUAGUACAAUAUCCGGCUAUAUGUACUUCAUUAUGUAGCCAAAAAUAUAAAACUGAAGUUAAUUAUGUACAAGAGUCAAUGACCACAGCGUCUGAAGUUUUUAAUAAUCAAGAUAAGUAUUCUGCAAAAGAAUCAACAUUACCUGAACAUAUAGCAGAGGAGAUUAUUUAUGAAUCGAAAACUAUAGAUCCUGUUGAGUUAUAUUUAACUUUACCUAAAGAACUAUUUCCAACAGCAAGAAUGCUUGCUAUAGAUCCAAACCCAAUUAUAGAUGAAUUUUGUAAAAUAGCGACAAUAAAUGAAAAUGUAUCUUGGAUUUUAGAUUUGGAAUUUGGUGUACCAAGAAGACCUAUUACUCGAGCGAUAGCUAUAUACGAUGUAAAGUUUAACAGUAUACAUUGCAAAAAUACACCGAACGCAAUACACCCGGGAUUUGAGAAAUGCAAUAGUGAUUUUAAGAGAGUAAUACUAUUUUAUUACGACUGUAUUGUAUCCAAUUGGUAUAAAGGAUACAUUAUUCUGAAUUAUGAUAAGUCCGUCGAGAAUUUUCAAUCGUGGCUUUUGCUACCAAUGCAGAUGUUUGGCAUGUGUUGGUCUUAGCAUGUCGGCAUGGAAUGUACAGCAUGAAUAAUUAACUAUGUAAUUAUGCUCAUUUGUAAAUAUAUUAUUUUUUAAUGUUAAAUCAAAUGGCUUGCAAUGCUUUAAUAAAAUGCUGAAUGGAAAUAAUAA